CUCAGCGCUCCGCUCCGCACGGGCCCGAGCGCGGCCCCGCUCCUCCGCCUCAAAAAUAAAAAUUAAAAAAAAAACCAAAAAAACAAACAAAAAGCAACCCCCCGAACCCUUGUCGUUUUAAUUUUUUUUUUCUUUUUUUUUUUUUUUUUUUUUUUCCUGUGGGGAUCGCGGUGCGGGCAGCAUGGGGCUGCCGGCGCUGGAGUUCAGCGAGUGCUGCCUGGACAGCCCGCAGUUCCGGGAACGGCUCCGCUCCCACGAGGCCGAGCUGGAGAAGACUAACAAGUUCAUCAAGGAGCUCAUCAAGGACGGGAAGUCGCUCGUCGCCGCCCUCAAGAACCUGUCGGCAGCCAAGCGCAAGUUUGCAGAUUCCCUCAACGAGUUUAAAUUCCGCUGUAUCGGGGACGCUGAAACGGAUGAUGAGAUCUGCAUAGCCAAGUCUCUGCAGGAGUUUGCCACGGUGCUGCGGAACCUGGAGGACGAGCGGAUGCGCAUGAUCGAGAACGCCAGCGAGGUGCUGAUCACACCACUGGAGAAGUUUCGCAAGGAGCAGAUUGGGGCUGCUAAGGAUGCCAAAAAGAAAUAUGACAAGGAGACGGAGAAGUAUUGUGGUGUCCUAGAAAAGCACUUAAACUUGUCUUCUAAGAAGAAAGAAUCCCAGCUUCAGGAGGCAGACAGCCAGGUGGACCUGGUUCGGCAGCAUUUCUACGAAGUCUCCCUGGAAUAUGUCUUCAAGGUGCAAGAGGUCCAGGAGAGGAAGAUGUUUGAGUUCGUGGAACCUCUGCUGGCCUUUCUGCAGGGGCUUUUCACUUUCUACCACCACGGCUACGAGCUUGCAAAGGACUUCAGCGAUUUCAAGACAGAGCUGACAAUCAGCAUCCAGAACACAAGAAAUCGUUUUGAAGGAACAAGGUCAGAGGUUGAAUCUUUGAUGAAGAAGAUGAAGGAGAAUCCUCAUGAGCACAAAAACAUCAGCCCUUACACGAUGGAGGGUUAUCUCUACGUGCAGGAGAAACGUCACUUUGGGACUUCUUGGGUGAAGCAUUACUGCACGUACCAGAGGGAAUCGAAGCGGAUCACCAUGGUGCCGUUUGACCAGAAAUCUGGAGGAAAAGGGGGAGAAGAUGAAGCUGUUACCCUCAAAUCUUGCACACGGCGGAAAACUGACUCAAUUGAGAAGAGGUUUUGCUUUGAUGUGGAAGCUGUCGAUCGGCCUGGCGUGAUCACCAUGCAGGCGCUUUCAGAAGAGGACCGAAGGCUGUGGAUGGAGGCAAUGGAUGGCCGGGAACCGGUCUACAACUCGAACAAGGACAACCAAAGUGAAGGCACUGCCCAGUUGGAUAAUAUCGGCUUCAGCAUUAUCAAGAAAUGCAUACAUGCUGUCGAAACAAGAGGGAUCAAUGAGCAAGGGCUCUACCGAAUUGUUGGAGUAAACUCUAGAGUUCAAAAGCUGUUGAGUAUAUUAAUGGAUCCCAAAACAGCCACAGAAACAGAAACAGAGAUCUGUGCAGAGUGGGAGAUAAAGACCAUUACUAGUGCACUGAAAACUUACCUGAGAAUGCUUCCGGGGCCACUCAUGAUGUACCAGUUUCAAAGGAGCUUCAUCAAAGCAGCAAAACUGGAGAAUCAGGAGUCAAGGGUGUCAGAGAUCCACAGCCUCGUUCAUCGGCUCCCAGAGAAAAACAGGCAGAUGCUGCACUUGCUCAUGAACCACUUGGCAAAAGUUGCAAAUAAUCAUAAGCAGAACCUGAUGACUGUUGCUAAUCUGGGUGUGGUAUUUGGGCCAACACUGCUUCGACCUCAAGAGGAAACAGUUGCUGCCAUUAUGGACAUCAAGUUUCAGAACAUCGUGAUUGAAAUUUUAAUAGAAAACCAUGAGAAGAUAUUUAACACGGUGCCAGAGACUCCACCAUCGAACUCGCAGCUGCUGUUAUCUCGCAAGAAGAGCACGGACUCGAAGCCUCCCUCCUGCAGCGAGAGACCACUGACGCUCUUCCACACGGCGCAGCCCAACGAGAAGCAGGAGAACAGGAACAGUAACAUCAACUCCAGCCUGGAAUCCGUCAUCUCUUCAAACGUAAACAGCUUCCUCAACUCCAACAGCGCUCCCCAGCCCAGCCUGAACUCAAGUGAUCUUGAACUAGAAGUAAUUAAACCCAACAGGCCAAAUUCACUCCCUCAGAAUCCAAGCCCAACGUCACCCCUCUCACCGUCCUGGCCCAUGUUCUCCGCACCAUCAAGUCCUAUGCCCACCUCCUCUACGUCCAGCGACUCAUCCCCCAUCAGCUCGCCGCUGCGGAAAGCCCGAGCUUUGUACGCCUGUAAAGCAGAACACGACUCGGAGCUCUCCUUCACGGCGGGCACCGUGUUUGAUAAUGUUCAUCCAUCCCAGGAACCCGGCUGGCUGGAAGGGACCCUCAACGGGAAGACAGGAUUAAUCCCCGAGAACUACGUCGAGUUCCUAUAACUCCGGGCGUACGACGCGCCACUGCUGAGCUCUACAUGGCAUCCAUGGCAGCUGCUGGCGGGAGUCCUGCAGACCAUUUUGCUCCUUGCCGCUGUGCGACGGGGGGCGAGGACUUCCCUGUCCCCACCGAGAUGAAUGUUUGUGUCUCCUCCCGCGGUGCGUGCCGGGGCGGCGGCGGGAGCGCUCCCGGGGAGGCAGCUCCACUCCUCCAGCCCCGAGCAGGGGCGGGUGGUGCCCGACGCCCACAUCCCAGCGGGGAGCCCUCGCAGCAAUCGGAAAAAAACAAACAAACAAACAAACAAAAAAACAACCAAACAAAAAACCCCCCAAAACAGCAACACAGCAGCUUCAUGCCACAGCCCGAGUGCUCUGUAGGGGAUGAGCCUGCAAACCGUGAGCCAGCACGAGAGGCACCGAGCCUGAUGCUCCCUGCAGUAAGACUCUUCACCGGCUGUAAAGAGCAUCCGGGGGGGCCAAGGGACCCCGACCCACGCACCUCCCCGCCGGAGGAAGAGCAGCCACCAGCGAGGAGCCCUUUGCUCCCAGCCCCUUCCCUGCUUUCCGACCGGCCCGAGCGACGCUCUCCCGUGCAGCCGGGGAGCAAGAGCAACCCAGCGCCCCGGCUGCGGCAGGGGAAGGGCCGAGGUGCUGCUUUUAUCUGGCAGCAAACCCCGGGCUGCGCCUGCAGCGGGUUCCGCAGAGGCUGGGGCAGCCCCGGCGGGGCGAGCAGAGCUCUGCUCUUGCAGGCGAGAGCGAGGGGCUCUGCGGGGGCAGGGGGGGGCACCGCACCAGCCGGGAGCCGUCGGGAUCCGGCAGGCAUCAGCACGGUGGAGGGGAGAAUGGUUUGGACCAAACCUCUCAAACUUUUUUUUUUAAAACAUUUAGAUUUUUUUGCGAGGUAAAAAUCUGUGAUCUGUGCAGCCUGCGUUUCCUUCCUGGAGGGCGAGAUGCAGCUCCGGAUAAACACCACUCCUCCUGUUUGACUGGCUCUUUUGUAUCUCCACUUCCCAAAGCGCGUUGCACAGAGACAUCCACGCUUUCGCGAAUGCCCAGGCCGCUGAUGUGCCAUUUUGGAGCUGCGUUUGCCACUCUCCAUCGCUGCUUUUUAGGUGGUCUCCUUGCUUGCAGCCUGGCGUGUAGUCUGUCCGUGCCAAGUCUGUGCAGUACUGAUUGUGCAAGGUAAAUUAUUUCCAUACUCACGGGACGUUUAUUGUUGCCGUGGCCAACCAACCCAGGGUCUACAGAAAACCAAGGACGAGCCCUUCGGUUCCACCACCCCUCCGCUCCUGCCCUGCAGAGGAUGCUCCUGCCGCCACGGAUGUGCGGCGAGUGGUCGGCAGAGCAAGUUUGCAAAUCCCUCGCCGUUUCGGGUUGUUUUUCAGGCAAAGGGUGGGAGAAGGAAGCCUUGUGAGACUGCGGAGCCGGGCUGGCCGGGCGGCAGGUCGAGAGCUGGAAUCAUUAUAUUUUGUAAUAGAGAAUCGUGAAAGAAACCCCAGCCCGUUGGCGGAGAGACUCUUGCGCAGAAGCGACGCUGAGGGAUGGCUGUCGUGUCUUUUUGUAAUAAUUUUAAAGACUCCGAGUGACUGAAUUGCUGUAUGUGUCACUUUUUAUUUUUGAAAGAAUUAAUGUAUAAAUAGAGUAUCUUAAAAUAUUA